AUGUGGUUGCGAUCGGCCGUGAAUAAGGCGGUGGAAGUUGGGAACAAGAACAACUUAACCCGCACUGUUAAGAACUACGCUGAUUCGGUCGUCCAUCAUGCCGGUCAAGCUGUUGCUGAUAGCGCCAAACUCUUCCAAGAUCGCAUUGUUGGUCGGAAUUUUAGAAACUUCAAGCAGGCUGUAAAAAGGUUGGAAGAGGCUUCUGUCUCAUGCAGGGGACGUGAGAGAGUUGAGUUAAUGAGAAGAUGGGUUGCUAUUAUAAAACAACUUGAAAAAUCUUCUGGUAAUACAAAUGAAGAGAGUGAAUCAAGUGAUGAGAAACACCAGCUUCUUGAUGAACCAAAACAGGUGCAGUACUAUGACUCAGAUGGUGGAGGUGAACGAAGGACCUUUCUGGAUGUCUUUCUUUACAGUCAGGCUUUGGAGGGUAUCUCCAUAUGUAUGAUUCUUGAAGCCCCAAAUGAAGAAGAAGUUUCUCUGCUACUUGAGUUGUUUAGUCUUUGUCUUUCAGGAGGGAAAGAAGUUCAUUACGCAAUUGUGAGCAGCAUUCAGGAUCUUGCAAAAGCCUUUUCCAGCUACCAAGAUGAAGUAUUGGUUAAGAGAGAAGAACUGCUUCAGUUUGCUGAAGGAGCUAUUACGGGAUUAAAAGUGAAUGCUGAUCUUCAAAGAAUUGAUGCCGAAGUUUCCACAUAUAAGAAACAACUCGAAUCAAGAGCAUCACAUUAUCAUGUUAAUGAGGGUCAUCAAACAAACAUGAAACAGAGCACUGCUGAAGCAGUAGAGGCUCUUAAAGAGACUCUUGCACAUAUUCGAGUUUGUUCCAGACUAGAAGGGCUUCUGCUGAGAAAGAGUGAUCUUAAAUAUGGCGACACAGCUGAAAUUCAUGCCCAAAAGGUUGAUAAGUUGAAAGUCUUGUUGGAGUCUCUUGCAGUCUCCUCCUUAAAAGCUGAGAAGCGCAUCUCUGACAACAGACUUCAGAAAGAAGAUGCUUUGAAGUUCCGAGUGAGCAAAGCUAGCGAAGUUGGUGAAAUUGAAAAGGAACUGAAUGCUGAGAUAUCUGGGCUUGAGAAAGAACGAGAGGAACUUGAGGCUCAAUUAUCAAAGGUCAAUAUCUCCUUGUCUGCUGCUAAAACUCGUCUUCGCAAUGUAAUGGAAGAGAGGGAUCAAUUUUUUGAAGCUAAUGAUCAAAUUGUUGCCCAUUUAAAAACAAAGGAGGACGAGUUAGCAAGAUCAAUUGAUUCAUGUCGAGCUGAAGUAGAUGUUAUUUCUACAUGGAUUAAUUUUUUGGAAGAUACUUGGUCUCUUCAGAUGUCAUAUGUGGAGACAAAGGAAAAAGAAGCCAGUGCUGAACUGGAGAGACAUGAAGAUUACUUCACAGCUUUGGUUAUACAGCUGCUUUCCUCGUUUGAGAAAGAGUUGCGACCAUCUAUUGAUCGCAUCGGAAACUUUGUGGAGAAUUUAAAGAGCUUAAAUGAAGGGUCAACACCGACUUCGGAAGUGGAAACUGAUGAUUCCGAGUUGUUGAAUCCAAGGAAACAUCUUGAGCAGGAAUACCUGGAUUAUGAAGCUAAGACAAUUACAACUUUCAGCGUAGUGGACAACAUGAGGGAGCAGUUCUAUGCUGAACAGGGAAAGGUCUCCAGUAAAGAGAAUCCAAAGGUAAAAGUGCUAUUCGACAACAUUGAGAAGCUACGAGAGGAAUUCGAAUCAAUCGAGAGGCCUAAUUUGGAAAUUGAGAAUCCCGUGAAAGAGGCUGCUAUUUAUGCUUGUGAAACCUCAGACAUCCGAAGGGUUACGAAUUCCAUUACAGAACAACCAGAAAAGAUUACUACUGGGAACAAUGAUGGCAGUAAGCCGCCACCUCUUAAAUCAGAGCAGAUGUUAGACCCUGAAGCAGAGUUGGCAAAACUGGAGUCUCAAGUUGGAAAUAUAAAUAAGGAUUACACGACAGAAGAAAUUAGUGAAUGGGAAUUUGAUGAGCUUGAGAGGGAGAUGAGAUUAGGGAACUCAUAA